GACACAUUACAGUUUUAUUUUGUUUGUUGUGUAAAUAUUAUGAUUUUGAGCACUUUUAAUACACGGUGUAAUAAGCUAACAACUAGCUGACUAGCUAAGCGCCUCCACUGCAGAACAUCUCCAAAAAUGGCCAAAAGCUUGCGGAGUAAAUGGAAGAGGAAGAUGCGAGCAGAAAAGAGGAAGAACAAUGCCCCGAAGGAGUUAGCCCGGCUGAAACAAGCCCUGAGUCAUGACAAGAAAGGUGAUGCCAUGAUGAGCGACAUGCAGGAGAUCGCCACGGUGGUGCCAGCUGAAAAGAUCAAGAAGGAUGCUGACGUUGACAUUACAGAAGCUGGUGAUGAGGGGAAAAUGGACUUGGACAGCAAGCGCAACAAGAAGACUCUCCUGAACGAACACGGACAGUAUCCUGCAUGGAUGAACCAGCGACAGGCUAAGAAGCUGAAAAGCAAGCGAAUGGCUAAGAAAGGCGGCCAGGGCAAGAAGAAGAAGGGCAUUGCCUGGUGAUAGAAAGGAGAUGUUUGACAGAUGUUUGCUCUGACCCCCCACUCCCCCAUCCACGAUGACUGUCACAAUGGGGAUGAUAUUGUUAAUAAUGAUGUGAAUGAGUUGAUGUAUGGACAGAUGCAGGUAGUAGAUGUAAACAGUCCAGUGGUUUGACAGUUCCAAUGUUUUGAGAAUUCUUCAUUUCUACCCGCAAACAAGAGAUGUAUGCAAGACCAUACAAAGUUCAGAAUUGCAUUAAACUCUCUAGAGCAUAGAUUUAUUGAAAUUUGUUGGCAUACGAGCAACAUAACCUUACAACUCAAUGUGACCGGACACUGUCGUAGCGCAGCUCACUGCAUCAGCUGAACGUACGCUGCUGGAAAGAGGCCGGUGCGUCCGUGGCAACUUCCCUUCCACCAGCCCUCAUCGAUCAUCUCUAUGUUGGUGAUCACAUCGUCUGGAUUGAAGGAGAUCUCGUCGAUGUCCUCUGCGAAAAGUGAGCCGACAACGUCCUCCCAAGUGCACGCAAAUUGAAAUUUAUUAAAAAAAUAAAUAAAAAUAAACAAAAAGUGUCAAAAGUAACAGCGUACCUCCUUGAUAGUCAUAAAGUGCUUUUGCUUGGACGCCACCUGACAGGUCUUCGUAGUCGCCGGUAGCUGUAGGGAUAUUAAAAACAAAAAAUAAUGCAAGGGGUCAGCACAGGCAGCUAGGGGUGUCACGAGACGAUGCACGAGAUUGGAUCUGGGAGAGCAAGAAAGUUACUUUUUUUAAAAGUACAAUGAAAAAAAAAAUGUUGCAGUCUACCAAUUUAAGUUCUACUACGUUACACUCUUCUGCACUCUGUGUGUAUGCCAGCGGCCCCGCCUCCACCCCGUGAGACAAAGACUGCAUGACUGAGAAGAGGGCUCACUCCGCUCAUGGCGUUGUUCUAUGGAACAAACAUUCCAAAGCGCUGAAAGCAAUGCACAGAGUGAAUCCUCUUCCUGCCUGUUUGGAGGCGGGAGACGAGGAAAAGAGACUCGCACGCACAUGGUGAUAUAUUGACUAUCAAGUUUUUCAAAAAUAUAUGCAUUAAAUCAUUGCUGUUUUGUAAAGUAUGCAUACUG